AUGAUUGACAGUCACAGAGGUUUGCAUAAGAUGUUGCCAUAUGCUUUGUUGGAUUACAGAACAACUGUUACAACGUCAAUUGGAGCAACUCCAUAUUUGUUAGUCUAUGGGACAGAAGCAGUUAUACCCUUCGAGGUCGAAAUACCUUCAUUAAGAAUCAUCCAUGAAGCUGAACUGAAUGAUGUUGAUUGGGUUCGCAAGUGGAUUGAUAAGUUAACAUCGAUUGAUGAGAAGAGAAUGGUUGUUGUUUUUCAUGGUCAACUGUAUCGACAGAGAAUGAUUCGUGUUUUUCACAAGAAAGUAAGAGCCAGGAUAUUCAAAAUUGGUCAGUUAGUUCUCAAAUGCAUUUUCCCUUAUCAGGAUGAGUGCAAAAGGAAAUUUGCACCAAAUUGGCAAGGACCCUACAUGGUUCGCAAAGUGUUAUCUGGAGGUAUCUUGGCCCUGUCGGAGAUGGAUGGCACCAAAUGGCAGAAACUAAUCAACUCAAAUGCGAUCAAGAGAUAUUAUGUGUGA